CCUUGCUUGUCUACAUCAGGACCUAGCCAUGUCCUUAAUCCCUAUCUGGUGGCAUAUGUCUCUGGUAUAGGCUUCGGUCUGAUUGGUGCACUCAUCCAUCUAAUUGACCUGCUUUUAGCCUUGUCUGGGCCUGGUAUCUCCUUGGAUCUCGAUGGCUCCACAGCAUAUCUGCUUCUCGCAGCACUAGAUGUCUUCUGCUUCACACUCUUUCAGAUCGUUUGGUCUCUCAUACUCUGGAUCUCUUUUGAGCAGCUCGCAUACCUUCAAAUCAUCGCCGUCUAUUUUCUCCAUCUUCUUGUCGCUUGUCUGCUACACUAUUAA